AUGAGUCCAAACCAGUGUCGCAUGGACACUCAGUUGAGUGUCCAUGCGAAACUGUAUCUGCUGUCGAUGAGCUGUACCAAGUCAGUCAUGUCGAAGAGGUACAGCUUGCCUCCUAUGUCCUCUGCAAAUCUUUCAUGGCGUCAAAAAUCGUCUGGUCAGAACCCAGUUUCCAUGCCGCCGGUAGCCCGUAGUACAGCGCUGCACGUUCGCCGCCCUCUCUCCCGCCUUCUUUCCUGGCCUCAUCCGUAG